AUGACUGCUUACCUGGCAGACAAGGCCUACGCAUCAUCUGGAGAGGCGGUCCAUGCUAUGGUUAUCUUACAAGUGUUCCAGGCUGGGCUCCUGCAGUCACUAGACAGCAGAACUGUCGACAAAGAAAACAAGUCAGCCAUAGAGCGCUUGUCGGAAGCACUGAAACUCUCAGCUCCUGCCCACAUGUAUGUCUCAACAGCAGGCCAGGCCAUACUCUUUGUCAUCCCCUCGUUUAGCGUAAUGUCCAGCCAACCAGUCCCCGGGCAGUGUGGACAGAUGGAGACAAAUAUUUCAAGUGAACAUGGGCCUGCGCUCUGCUUUGAAUCUUUCAACAACUCCUGUGAGAAAUUUGUCUACCCGUCUGAGACUCAGAUUUUGCUUUAUCUGUUCUUCAGUGCCAUAGCGCUCAUCACAGUAUGUGGAAACCUCCUGGUCAUCAUUGCCAUCAUUCAUUUCAAACAGCUACACACUCCAACCAACUAUUUAAUUUUGUCUCUGGCCGUUGCCGAUUUGUUAAUGGGGGGGUUUGUGAUGCCACCCAGCAUGAUGCGAUCUGUUGAGACCUGCUGGUAUCUGGGAGAUCUGUUUUAUCGAUAUUAUGCUGUAUGUCAGCCACUUCAGUACCAUAAUAAAAUCACACCUCCUAUUUCCAUGAUAAUGAUUUUCUUAUGCUGGAGUUUGGCAGCAUUUGUAGGAUUUGGUAUGAUAUUUCUAGAACUGAACAUUCUUGGUGCCGAAGAAUUUUAUUCAGAAUAUUUUGCUUGUAAGGGAGCGUGUAUAAUAUUUCAAACGGCCGCUGCCAGCACUGUAUCCUCAUUUAUUGCUUUUGGUCUUCCUGCUAUCAUUGCUGUUUGCAUUUAUCUAAAAAUUCUCUUUGUUGCAAGAAAACAAUCAAAAUCUAUACAGCAUUCAGCGAAGAUGAACCAAAAAAACAGCACAUCUAUAAGCAAAAGCGAAAUGAAGGCCACAAAAACACUGGCUAUCAUCAUGGGGGUAUUUUUUGUAUGUGUUUCACCCUUUUUUCUCUGCAAUCUAAUAGAUCCGUUUAUUAAUUACACAAUACCACCGGCCUUAUUUGAUAUUUUUUUGUGGAUCGGAUAUAUGAAUUGCAUGUGUAAUCCCUUUGUGUAUGCCUUCUUUUAUAGAUGGUUUAGGAAAGCUUUGAGAAUCAUUCUGCUGGCAAAAAUAUUUCAAGUUAAUUCUUCAGAAUUUGAUUUAAUGGUAAAAGAAUGA